AUGAUGGCGCUAGUACCGUCGACUGCGAGUACUCUGGCACGCGGUACUAGUAAUAUUACCAAUACUACAGCAGUAUCCUCUGGAAAUAGUGGAAAUGCUGAUAAAGUGUGCGGUAUUUUACAAGAGAUUCGUGACGAGUUUCAUACGUUAAAAACGUACUUGGUUAAAAAUGAUAAAAGUAGUGACCAAUCAAAUUUAAACGAUGUUUUAAAUAGAACUGAACAUACGAUUAAAGAACGAACAGAUGAAGUAUUGAAUAUGUUAAAUGGGAACAUCGCAACGUUAACAUUUAAUCAAAUGGCAGCCGUAGCUUCUGGUAAUAAUUCAUCCAUGUUUGAACAAUUAUACAAUUUACAGACAAGAGACGGAUCAAGAAAAUUAACAUUUAUGCCAAAUGGUAAUAAUCGUCAAUCUGAAUAUUCGAUUCCAUCAAUUCCUGUUAUAACAAUUGGUCCGUCUUCCAAUCAACAGCCUCGUAUAGCACCGGGUAUGGCAGCUAAAAUGGAAUAUGAAUCAAAAAUUAUUCGUAAUCCAUUUAAUCAAAAAAAUCGUCAAGUUUUAUACGAUAAUUUUGGAAUACAAUUGCCACUAAUUGAAAGACAACAACAAAAACAAGUAGGGCACCUAAUAAAAUAG